UUUGCUCUCUCUGUUUUUCUUCCUAAACCGCCUCCUUCACUUCACUGCCUCCCUAAAUCUCACAGGACUGGGAACCCGUCGUAAUCAGGAAGAAGGCACCCAACGCCGCUUGCCGUGGCGCUGCCGCUGCCGCUGCCGAGAUCGAAACCGUCGAGAAAGUUUUUGUGCCCGUGAGGCAUAAGCUCCUUCACUGGUUGCUGCUUCGGAUUGUGAGAGAGAAUAAUUACUCUGCUUCGGAUGGUUUAGAGUUUUUUCUCAAGGAAUGAGCUUUUCCUCUGUAAAGGGUCUGAUUCUCAAUUUCUAAUAAUUUCAUCAUUACUCGCGAGUAUAGUUUUCAGUGAAACUCCAAAACCAAAUGGCGGCUCAGUAUACCCGAACCUUAAACCCUCCCAAAACCCUCAUCCCCAAGCUCCCAAAUCUCAACCCCUCUUUGUCCUCCUUCAAAACCCCAAAACCCAAAUCCAAAAGCUUCCCAACACUCUCUGUCUCGGCCAUGGUGGCCCAAAAUCAACCGCCUCUGGAUGCUCUGCUCAACAGUGCUCGCAAACAAGAGGUGCUUGGCGCCAUUGGGACUUCCUUGUCUAAUUGUCUUUCUGAAACCAACCUCCACCUCACAGUUCCUGGCCUGAAAUCCAAAACCAGAGGCAAGGUUAGGGAUGUUUACGACAGUGGGGAUUAUCUAGUUAUGGUCACCACGGAUCGGCAGAGUGCAUUUGAUAGAAUUCUUGCUUCCAUUCCCUUUAAAGGCCAGGUCCUUAAUGAAACAAGUUCAUGGUGGUUUGACAAAACUCAACAUAUAACGUCAAAUGCUGUUGUAUCGGUUCCAGAUGAAAAUGUAACAAUUGCGAAGAAAUGUUCUGUUUUUCCGGUGGAGUUUGUGGUCAGAGGUUUUGUGACUGGAAGUACUGAUACAUCAUUAUGGACGGUCUACAGAAGUGGCGUUCGAAAUUACUGUGGCAAUGUACUUCCAGACGGCUUGGUAAAAAGCCAAAAGCUUCCUGCAAAUAUACUCACACCAACAACUAAGGCUGCAGAUCAUGAUGUUCCUGUUACUCCAGAUGAGAUAAUUGAACGUGGACUGAUGAGUCGAGCUGAUUAUGAUGAAGUAAGUCGGAAAGCAUUAAGCUUGUUUGAGUAUGGACAGCGUGUGGCUUUGGAGCAUGGGUUGAUAUUGGUAGACACAAAGUAUGAAUUUGGAAAGGGACAGGAUGGUUCCAUACAUUUGAUUGAUGAGGUGCAUACACCUGAUUCAAGCAGAUAUUGGAUUGCACAUACUUAUGAGGAACAUUUUCAGAAUGGUCUUGAACCUGAGAAUGUUGAUAAGGAGUUCUUGAGGUUGUGGUUUAAAGAUCAUUGCAAUCCAUAUGAAGAUGAGGUCCUCCCUGAUGCCCCUGAAGAACUUGUUCGUGAACUAUCUUGGCGAUAUAUUUUCUUGUAUGAGACAAUUACAAAAUCAAAAUUCAAGAUGCCUUCAACAGAGGAGCCAAUACAUGAUCGAAUAUCUCGCAAUGUGGCACAAGCACUGUCAUCUCUGUAACUUCAUAGUAUGGAGAACAAGAGAGCACAAGGGUUUUAGAGGAACUACCUCAUACCCCCCAAACCCCGAAAGAAAUAAAAAAGUACUAGAAAUGUGGGGCAUUUAUUCUUGGGAUGCAUUUGUGCUUUCGUGUGUAGUUCAUGGAAAUUACCCGUGUAUUAUUAUCUUGAUCAUAUUCUCUUUUGAGGACAUUAGUUGUUUAAUUAGAUUGGAAGUUUGAAAAGUAUAUGGAAGAAGCUAGAAGAGAAAAGUCUACAAGGUC